CAAGAGUUGCUUUUCUAGGCCUUUUGUAUGCAUACCAGUCGUCAGAACACGGGCGUGGACUCUCUGUGCUGGUGCGUUAAGUUCGAGAGAUAUUUAAGCCAGAUCUGCUGCCACUUCUGGGAUUGUUCUGAACGCUCUUGGCCAGCUGAGGAUGCGGUCUACAACUGCUUUGGCCGGAUGGCUGCUCCUUCUGUCGGCUCAAAGCAUAGCAGCUUCUCCACUGGCAGAUUCAGAAGCCCAGAAUGAGCACGAGAAGAGGCAACUCACAACUUUUGACUAUGUCAUCGUGGGCGGCGGAACAGCAGGUCUUGUCAUGGCAAACAGAUUGUCAGAAGAUCCGGCCGUAUCUGUCGCAGUAAUCGAGGCUGGCUCUUACUACCAAGUCUCCAACCCAUUGUUGAGCAGCACACCUGCAGGCGACACCUUCUUCGUUGGCGCAGAUCCCAGCAAGGCACAGCCGCUGGUCGAUUGGAAGAUCGUAACACAACCACAAGCAGGAGCGAACGGUCGGCGAGUGCUCUAUGCUCGUGGCAAAUGCUUGGGAGGAAGCUCUGCGCGGAACUUUAUGAUCUAUCAGAGACCAACUGUGGGUUCUCUGCAACAGUGGGCAGAUGCCGUUGAUGAUGAUAGCUAUACCUUUUCGAACUGGCUACCAUUCUUCCAGAAGAGCGUGAGAUUCUCCCCUCCUGGCCCAACUCGUGCUUCAAAUGCCACCACUGGCUUCGACGCCUCAGCCUUCAGCGCAAAUGGCGGGCCUCUGGAUGUCUCGUACGCGAACUAUGCCGGGCCCUUCUCCAGCUGGAUACAAGGUUCUCUCAACGAGAUCGGGGUGCCGACCAACGAUGAAGGCUUCAAUUCGGGAAACCUGUUCGGCGCCCAAUAUUGCAGCAGCACCAUCAAUCCCUCCGACCAGAAGCGAGAAUCCUCUCAAACUUCCUUCCUUGACGCGGCUGCUAGGAGACCUAACCUUCGCGUCUUCACGCUGACCAAGGCCAAGAAGAUUCUGUUCGAGAACAAGCGCGCGACCGGAGUGAGGGUCACAUCAGGUGGAUUCAUACCGUACACAAUCAGAGCCCGCAAAGAGGUCAUCUUGAGCGCUGGAGCCUUCCAGUCACCUCAACUCUUGAUGGUGUCGGGCAUCGGUCCUGCCAGUACUCUCCGCAGAUUCAACAUCCCAGUCAUCCAGGACCUCGCUGGAGUCGGACAGAAUAUGUGGGACCACAUCUUCUUCGGGCCAUCAUAUAGAGUCAAGGUAGAAACUCUGACGCGAGUUGUCAAUGACCCCUUCUUCCUCGCUGCCAAAUUUGCCGAGUACGAGAGCCAGAAGACCGGUGUGUUGACAAAUCCAGUUUGCGACUUCCUAGGCUGGGAGAAGACACCAGCGGCACUCAAGAAUGGCUUCAGUGCCACCGCAAGAGCAGAACUUUCUCGAUUUUCCGCGGAUUGGCCAGAGAUCGAAUACCUGUCCGCGCCUGGCUACGUCGGCGAGUUCUCGGAUCUGCCAAGUACUCAACCCAAGGACGGAUUCCAAUAUGCCUCAAUUCUUACUGCUCUUGUCGCGCCCCUCUCCCGCGGCACGGUAACAAUCUCUUCGUCCAACACAGAUGAUCUGCCGGUCAUCGAUCCCGCUUGGCUCACCUCGCGAACCGAUCAGGAAGUCGCUCUUGCAGCCUACAAACGCAACCGAGCUGCUUUCGCCUCAAAUUUCAUGAAGCCGGUCCUUGCUGAUCCGGUUGAGUACUUUCCGGGUCCGAGAGUACAGUCUGAUGCAGACAUCCUGGCUACAAUUCGCUCAACGCUCUUGACAGUCUGGCAUGCUGCGUGUACUUGCAAAAUGGGCGUGGCUUCUGACCCUAUGGCAGUUGUGGAUAACAGAGCCCGAGUCUUUGGUGUCACGGGCCUUCGUGUCGUGGACGCUUCUGCCGCGCCUUUGCUGCCGCCUGGUCAUCCCCAGAGCUGGAUCUACGCGUUAGCGGAGAAGAUCUCGUCCCAUAUUCUCAACGAAGACUAG